AGGUUUUGUUCCUCGGUUUUGGAUUUUGAGCAUUGGCGCUUCACUUUUGUCGAUAUUGGAAAUUUUCUUCCUUUCCUCGGAGUAAAUGAUAUUCUGUGGCUGAGGUUUGUAAGUUUGUGGGGAAGAUGAGAUUUUGUGACGUGAUUAUCGUUUGUCCUGUGGUUUUCUGGAGGGAAGGUCAGAUUUUGAGAUGUCUUCGUUGGGUUUUCAGCUGUGGUGAGAAGGUUUCUGCAACUGGAGUUUUGGCUGGGGAAGGUUAAGGAGAAGAUGAGUUCUUCUCAUCCAUUAUUCUAAUUUCGCAAAAGCUAAGGGAUUUUAAGAAUGGCCUCCGUUAAUGAGAAGAUCAAAACAGGAGGGUUGGUGAAUGGAACUACGACUCUGCUUCAAGAGAUGAAAAUGUUGAAGGAGUUUCAAGAUCAGUCUGGGGUACGGAAGAUCAUAAACUCUGAGCUUUGGCACGCUUGUGCUGGACCACUUGUUUCCUUGCCGCAGGUCGGCAGCCUCGUUUACUACUUCCCCCAAGGACACAGCGAACAGGUGGCUGUAUCAACUAAAAGAACAGUUAGAUCACAUAUCCCAAACUACCCAAAUCUUCAAUCCCAGUUGCUGUGCCAAAUUCACGAUGUCACACUACAUGCAGACAAAGACACUGAUGAGAUAUAUGCACAACUGAGUCUUCAGCCAUUGGACUCUGAAAAAGAUAUAUUCCCUGUUCCUGAUUUUGGAUCAAAGCCAAGUAAGCAUCCAACUGAGUUCUUCUGCAAGACUCUGACUGCCAGUGAUACAAGCACACAUGGUGGCUUCUCAGUUCCCCGCAGAGCAGCAGAAAAGCUCUUCCCGCCAUUGGACUAUUCAAUGCAACCUCCAAUUCAGGAGCUUGUAGUUCGAGAUUUGCAUGAUAAUACAUGGACGUUUCGUCACAUAUACCGCGGGCAGCCGAAGCGUCAUCUUCUUACAACUGGUUGGAGUGUGUUUGUGGGUGCUAAAAGGCUUAGAGCAGGUGAUGCUGUUCUAUUUAUAAGGGAUGAGAAAUCACAGUUAUUGCUGGGUGUGAGGCGUGCAAACCGUCAGCAAAAUGCACUGCCAUCAUCAGUUAUUUCAGCUGAUAGCAUGCACAUUGGGGUCCUCGCAGCUGCAGCCCAUGCUGUUGCUAAUCAAAGCCCCUUUACCGUUUUCUACAACCCUAGGGCAUGCCCUUCAGAGUUUGUCAUUCCUUUGGCCAAAUACCAAAAAGCUGUAUAUGGUAGCCAGGUUUCAGUCGGUAGGAGAUUCGGAAUGAUGUUUGAGACAGAAGAUUCGGGCAAGCGCAGAUACAUGGGCACAGUUGUGGGUAUCAGUGUCUUGGACCCCUUGGGGUGGCCUGGUUCAAAAUGGAGAAAUCUUCAGGUCGAAUGGGAUGAAACUGGAUGUGGAGAAAUGCAGAAUAGGGUUAGUUUAUGGGAGAUAGAGACCCCUGAAAGUCUCUUCAUUUUUCCUUCAUUGACUUCUGGUCUCAAACGACCUUUACAUCCUGGAUAUGUGGGGGCAGAAAUGCAAUGGGGAAAUCUCAUGAAAAGGUCAUUUGCAAGUUUACCGGGAAAUGUAACUGAUCUUCCAUGUUCCAUGACGGGUUCAGAACAGCUGAUGAAGUUGCUUCUCAGAUCCCAAACCGUUAAUCCAGUUGGCUCCUUGUCUGCUGCCCUACCAGCUAGUGUAACUAAAGCAACUCCAAUACCUGAGGCAGAAUUGCUGAAACAGACUUCAGUCCAACAGAAACCUCAACAACAUUCAGACAACACUUUGCUGCAAAAUCAGAAUCCUCCUGAGCACUGCCCCAAUCUGCAAUCGACCAUAGAUGCAAAUUUGGCAUUACAAGCAUAUUUAUGUGAAAAUGUGCAGCCUCUAAAUAAAUUUCAAAAGCAAUUGCCAAUCCAAACACAUGUUGAGAAACUGGAAACAGCACCUAUGGUUGCAACAGACCAGCUGAGCCAAUUGCCUUCCUUGGGAAACUGCAGUGAAGACAAAUUGAGUGAGGGCUCCAAGAAUCCUCCAAACCUUGGAAAUGGACUAUUAUUCUUGAAUCAGGGGGGUUUGCAUUUGCAGACAGGUCUGCGCUUUUCUCAGCAGCAGGGAUCAAAUACUGGCUUCCCACUUCAAAUCGAUGCGUUGCAAUUGGACGCAAACAAUCAAAAUGGCUUACUUCCCUACCCUAGUAACCUCUCAUCUCAGUACUUGGAUGCUGAUGAUUGGGUGUUGCAAUCUUGUAAUUUUCAAUCACUUGCUGAAAAUCUGAAAACGCGAUCCUUUUCAGGGUUUGAUAAGCAAGAUACUUCAUUACUCUACCCAGAAGCAGUUAAUCCAAGCUUGCCUCCAUUGAGUCAAGAGAUGUGGAGCCCUCAAUUGAAUGACCUAAGGUUUCUACCUCAAGAAGUUCAACUUACUCCAUGUCAGCAACAAGAUUCAACUGCCCUUCAUAGUGUAUCCAAUUCAUGUGGAUUGAGAUAUUCUUCUGAAGAAAGUAAUAACCAGAGUGAUAUAUACAGUGGUUUUCAUUUGGAGUUGAGCAAUGAUGAAAGCACUGUGGUUGAUCCUUCUUCUGUGACCAGCACAGUCUUGGAGGGGUUUGGUACCUUGAGUGAUGCUGCUUUCCAGAAUCCUUCUGACUGCUUGCUUGGUAACCUCACUUCAAGUCAAGAUGUUCAGUCUCAGAUAACGUCGGCAAGCCUGGCAGACUCUCAAGGCUUCUCUUUCCAAGAGUUCCCAGACAAUUCAGGAGGAACAUCUUCAAGCAACAUGGAUUUUGACGAGAGUAGUCUCUUGCAGAAAGGCUCAUGGCAACAAGUAUCUCAACCCCUGCGAACAUAUACAAAGGUUCAGAAACUAGGUUCCGUGGGAAGGUCUAUUGAUGUUACAAGGUUUAAUAACUACGAGGAACUACGUAACGCGAUUGCAUGUAUGUUUGGACUUGAGGGGCUGAUUGAUGAUCCAAGAGGUUCAGGGUGGAAACUUGUUUAUGUUGACUAUGAGAAUGAUGUUCUUCUAGUAGGCGAUGAUCCAUGGGAGGAAUUUGUGAGUUGUGUUCGUUGCAUCAGAAUUCUGUCGCCAUCUGAAGUUCAGCAGAUGAGUGAAGAGGGGAUGCGGAUUAUCAGCAACACUUUAGUGGAGGGAACAAAGGAUCUGAUAUCAGAUGCUGGCCAUGCGUGGAAUGGCUCUGCCUGAUUCUUGUA